AUGGCGCGGGAUGCGGGGGGCGUUGCGCGGGAGGGCGCGCGGAGAAACAGGCGGAAGCUGGCGGCGGCGGAUUGGGGCGCGGAGACGCGCAACGGGCGGCCGUGGUUCGACCGGUCGAGCUCGUUAAUCCAGUCGCUAGUAGACACGUUACAAGACGAGCAGAACAAGGUGGCGCGACAGGCGGGGCUCACAAACAUAACGCGGGACAUCUUAUAUCGGUACUUUUACAUCUCCAACGGCUUCGCGGCGGUGCUCACGGAGGCGCAGGCGGAGAGCCUGCGCGGCGACGCGCGCGUGCUGCAGGUGCUGCGGAGCCGCGCGGUGCAGAAACAGACGAGCGAGACGCCGGCGAUACUUAAUCUACCUAAGACGUUCUGGAGUGCGAGCUAUACGGGCGAGGACGCUGUUAUUGGCGUCGUGGAUACGGGUAUCUGGCCGGAAAACCCCUCCUUUAGCGAGGAGGGCUACAGCGGGUUCCCCCCGAGCUGGCACGCGCUGUCCACGGACUGUGCGCGCACGGCGGACUUCAAGGGGUGCACGCGCAAGCUCGUGCAGGCGAGCUUCUUCGCCUCGGCGUUUGAGAGCGAGUUCGGCGCCAUUGACACUACUUCUGACUGGCGCUCGCCCCGCGACGCUGACGGCCAUGGCUCCUGGGUCGCUGCUGCGGCAGCGGGCAAUCGCGACACGCUGAUGACAGUGGCACGCGGGCAGACCGUGGGCGCGGGCAGCGGCACAGCACCGAGGGCGCGCAUCGCAGCAUACAAGGUCUUCUGGCGCAGCACCGAAUCCCAAGGCCUCGUAGCCACGACCGCGGACAUUGAACAGGCCUUGGAUCAAGCCGUAGCGGACGGCUGUGAUGUGGUCUUGCUGGCUCUGGGCGCAGUGGACGGUGGGCAGAGCUACUUUGAUGAUCUGCCGGUGCUGUAUGCGAGUAUGGCGGGGACUCUGGUGGUGGCGGCGGCUGGGAAUGGCGGGAAGGGGAGUGAGACGGCGCGCACUGUUGUGAACUUCUCGCCGUUUUACUUGACGGUCGGGGCGAGCACCAUCAACCGGCGGUUCUCAGCGAAGCUAAUGCUGUCCAACGGCACAGUCCUGGACGUGAACGGGCUGGGCGCGGGCAGCACGGAGAUCACCAACGUGCCCAUUAUCCACUCGCCCGACGCCAAGCUCGCUACUGCCGACGCUGCCCAGGCGGACGGCUGUGCACCUGGGACGUUAGACCAGACACUGGUGACCGGCAAGCUGGUGGUGUGCGUGGCAGGGGGAGACGUGCCUCUGACCGCAAAGGUGACGGAGGCGAAGGCGAAGGGGGCGGUGGGCGUGGUGCUGCACAGCUCGCCACGCACCAACCAGCCGUACGCGCGCGACCUGCCCGUGGUGGGCGUCAGCGUGGGAGACUCCGAUACCCUCCUCGCCUUCCUCCAAACGCCCAAUCCGCGAGCGUCCCUCUCAUCCGCCUUCACCACAGCAAGCGACCUGACAGCACCAGUCAUGUACGCGACCUCCUCCACCGGCCCUCUCUCCCAAGGCGCCACCACAGACGUAUUCAAGCCCGACCUCGUCGCCCCAGGAGCCUUCAUCUGGGCCGCCUCCCGCGGCACAACCCUCUCAGACACCACAGAGUUCAAGAUCGGAUCUGGAACAUCUGUGGCAGCAGCGCACGUGGCAGGGAUCGCUGCGCUGCUCAUGCAGCGAAACCCAUCGCUCACGCCCGUGCAGGUCAUGUCGGUGCUGACGACGACUGCGAAUGCAAGCAUGGUGAGGCAGGAUCAUGUGAAGACGGAUGCGCCCACACCCAUGGACAUGGGCGCGGGGCACGUGGAUGUGGAUGAGAUGUUUAAUCCCGGGCCUGGGCUGGUUUACAAUGCUGAAGUGGCGCAUUUUCUAAGGUUUUUAACCGGGCAGAAUGCGGCUUUGGCGGGGAAGGUUUUCCAGGAUGGGCAGGUGGUGUCGCCGCUCUCCGCCCGGGAUCUCAACCGGCCGGCGAUUGCUGUGUCGAACCUGCAAGGCGCGGUUACCGUCACGCGCACGGUUACCAACCUGGGGGACACGGCGACGUAUAAAGCAACAGUGGUGGAGCCAGCUGGGGUGGAUGUGGAGGUUACUCCGUCGAGUUUCACCAUUGAAACAGGCGCUGCCAAUGCUGUGAGGUUCUCGGUGAAGCUGACCCCGCGUGCGGGUGCGGGUGCAGCAGGGGCGGGGAGUGGGUGGAGGUUUGGCAGCCUGACUUGGAGUGACAGUGCAGGCCACAGGGUGAAGUCGGUGAUUGCAGUGGAGGUUUAG